AAAAACUAAAAACUCUUUUUUUACAUUUCCGCUUGGCGGAAACUGACAAGAAAAAAAAAAAGGAACCAGCCGUUCUCUUGUCAGAGGUGACACAAGCAGCUAAGGCAGCCCCGCAGACCACAACCGGUCCAGCACAAGAGAAGUGAAAAAACUGCACCAUCUCGCAGAAAAAAAAACUAACUGGGAGACUCCUUCAGAGAUCUGACCAGACGAACAGGACUCCCCCACCGCCCGUUUGUGAGAAAUCCUGGACUGAGGAGACUGACGCUCGCUCCGUCAGACCUGUCUCCUGCGCUUCCCCCUCACUCCCCUCUCCUCUCCUGCUCCCAGCAUGGCGUCGUGGGACCUGUCAGUCACGGUGGAGGACCUGGGUCCCGACGCCCCACCUGUCACCCUCAGCGUGACCUCCGACCUUCACGUCGGAGGGGUUAUUCUCAAACUGGUGGAGAAGACACAGAUUAACCGUGACUGGUCGGACCACGGCCUGUGGUGGGAUCAGAAGCAGCGGUGGCUGCUGCGGACGCCCUGGAGUCUGGAGAAAUACGGCAUCCACGCCGACGCUCGGCUGGUCUUCAUGCCUCAGCACAAGGCCCUGAGAGUCGGUCUGCCCAGCGGCAAGACGCUGAGGCUGCAGGCCAGCUUCUCCACCCCCGUCUUCCAGACCGUCAUGGCCAUCUGCAGAAUGAUCAACAUCCGGCAUCCAGAAGAGCUCUCCCUCCUUCGGCCCGUGGAAGAAAAAAAGAAGAAGAAAGAUAAAGAUUUGGAAGAGGAGCUGCACGACCUGACCGGGGUGCCACUUUCUUCAGUGUCCCGGCCCUGUCUCUACAACGGCAUGCCCGCUCACUUCGCCGACUCCGCUAACAUGGAGGUGAUCUACAAGAUGCUGUCCGUCACUCAGCCGCCGCCCGCCCCCGAGGCCAUAGCCAAGCAGUACCGGCCGGCGAGCGUGGUGGACAAGGCGCACAUCAACGGCAGGUGGUUGGACUCCUCUCGAUGUCUCCUGCAGCAGGGCAUCCAAGAAAAUGACAGACUCUGGCUGCGCUUCAAAUACUACACCUUAUACGACAUAGAACCUAAGUACGACGUUGUGCGCCUGACCCAGCUGUACGAGCAGGCCCGCUGGGCCGUGCUGCUGGAGGACAUCGACUGCACAGAGGAGGAGAUGAUGCUGUUCGGAGCGCUGCAGUAUCACAUCAAUAAGGCGGCUCAGUCCGAGCCCCAGGUGCUGAGCACGAGCACCGCCAUGGACGACCUGGAGUCGGCCCUGCAGUCGCUGGAGGUCAAGAUGGAGGGAGAGGGGAGCUCCGCGUCCGAAUUACUGGAAAACAUGACUGCACCAGAGCUCAACGAUUACCUAAAGCUGUUCAGGCCCAAGAAGUUAACUUUGAAAGGAUAUAAGCAGUACUGGUUCAAGUUCCAGGAUACUUCCAUCUCCUAUUUCAAGAGCAAAGAGGAGAGCAUUGGGGAGCCCAUCCAGCAUAUAAACCUGAAAGGAUGUGAGGUGGCUCCAGAUGUCAACAUGGCAGCACAGAAGUUCCUCAUCCGACUCCUCAUACCGGCCCCCGAGGGCAUGAACGAGCUCUAUCUGCGCUGUGAGAAUGAGCAGCAGUACGCUCAGUGGAUGGCCGGGUGUCGACUGGCCUCCAAAGGAAAGAGCCUUGCGGACAGCAGCUUCCAGAGCGAGAUCCAGAGCAUCCGCUCCUUCCUGGCUAUGCAAAAAACCAACUCUGGUUCCCAUGGCAACGCGGCUGCUGGUGACGAGAGCAUCAACACUCACAGCCUGGUGUCACCACGCUACCACAAGAAGUACAAAGCCAAACAGCUGACCCCUCGCAUCCUGGACGCCUACCAGAACGUGGCUCAGCUCUCGCUAACAGACGCCAUCAUGCGCUUCCUGCAGAUCUGGCAGGCCCUGCCCGACUUCGGACUCUCAUACGUUGUUGUCAGGUUCAAGGGCAGUCGAAAAGACGAAGUACUGGGCAUCGCUCCCAACCGCCUGAUCCGCAUCGACCUGGGCGUGGGGGAUGUGGUCAAGACGUGGCGCUACAACAACAUGAAGCAGUGGAACGUGAACUGGGACAUCAGACAGGUGGCCAUCGAGUUCGAGGGGAACGUCAACAUCGCCUUCAGCUGUGUGACCGCCGACUGCAAAAUCGUGCACGAGUUCAUCGGAGGCUACAUUUUCAUGUCGACGCGCAGUCGCGAGAAGAGCGACACUCUCAACGAGGAGCUCUUCCACAAGCUGACGGGCGGCCACGAAGCUCUCUGAAACUGAGACACACACACACACACACACACACACACACAUAAACAACAAAUGGAGGAUGUUUCACGACCUGUCAGGUCUGCUGAGUGUCUCUCUGGUGGAAAACUCACAUGAAUUAGGGCUUUAUGCUCCAUCCUGGCAGAAACAAAUAGAUAAGAACAGUGCAGGUCAAAACAAGAUAUUCUCUUCAUUGCAGAUGUGUCAGCUUGUCUGGUCAUCCAAGUUAGGAUCCAGACGGUUCUAUGCACACACAAACACACACACACACACACACACACACACACACACACACACACACACUUAGUUAUUUGUAAAGACAUAUCAGUGGAUGGCAGACUUAACAUGUUCAGACAGUUCAAGACUCCAGCAGGCCUCGUGCUCACUGCCCCCCUCCAUUCAGGCUGGACCACUGCUGGGCCAAGCUGCUGGGCAUCUGCUCCACAAUCAUCAAGCCUGACAAUCACCAGUCUCGCAAAAAAAUGCAAAAUCAACCACCGAAUCGGUCAGCGGCAACUCGUCAUUUCCAACUCACUCUACCGAGAAAUGUAAUCAGCUGUGCUCAGGAUGUUUUGUCCAAAAGCCACAGAGGUAUUGUCCCUUAUUGCGACUUAUAUCAGAAGUUACUGUCUCUUUGCCGCAGCCACAAAAUUAUAGCUAAGAUAUGCAAAAAGUUUGCUUGAAUCAUUUACCACUGCUAUGAAUAAACGAUUAUAAAAAUAAGCACAGAAAUCCACCUUUCACGAUACCUUGCUUUCACUCCUUCGGGUUAUGAAAUGUGGUGCUAAAAUGUCUCGCUUCUUGCACAGGAAGCGUCAAAUCAAUUAUCUCUUCACACAUACAGUGUGUGUGUGUGUGUGUGUGUGUGUGUGUGUGUGUGUGUGUGUCUUCAUAUCUUAUCAGAAACUGUUAAGGUAGUCGGUUAAACCACAGUUUCUGCAUCCUCUGCUUUACCAUAUUUAGCCAAGUGUUAAACCACACAGCUUUUCCUCAUCUUUUUUUCUUUAACCACACUGGUUUAAAAAAAAUCCUCCUAGUGUAGAGUGUUAUUUAGCACUGAAAGUAAUAGAAAAAACUCUUAUGUUCCUGAAUUUAUUACAUAGAAACCGUUUCCAAGACCCAUGUCCACACAGUAUUUAUUUAUGAUUGGAAAGUGCUGGCGGGAUCCUGAUGAAUGCUUGAAUGAAGCACUUCUGCUAUCUUACACAUAUAAAUCUUAGAAAAGGUGGAAAAAAAAUCAGGUGAAAUGCUUACAGCAUACUGGCUGUUGUGAAAAAAACAUCACUUAGAAGUAACGGCCACAUCUUACAGCUGCAAUGCGCAGCAGUAACAUAUGGUUGUUCCUUCUGAAGAAAAGUUGGAGAAAAAAAGGUCAUAAAAUCACACUGUGGAGAAUUCCGCUUAUUGGGCCUUUUUUGAUGGCGAACAUUUUCCCUUUAUGCAUAUUCAGUGUGUAUCGGUCAAUGUUCAAAAUAAAAAAGACGGAAAAAAGUUGGGAAAGAGAAAAAGAACAAGAAA